GAAUUGCACACAAAUUAGAGGAGGCUUGACGGAACUUGGCAUCGGUUAAUCGGAGCUUCUUUCCUCUCAAGUGGUCUCGAUCUCGGACGUUCAGAGCAAAUUCUUCUCUGCUUCAUUGCUUAAUCAGUCUGGGUAAGAGAAGAGAAGAUGAGCAUUGUACCUAAGGAAACGGUUGAGGUUAUAGCUCAAAGUAUUGGGAUUACCAACUUGUUACCUGAGGCUGCUCUUAUGCUUGCUCCUGAUGUUGAGUAUCGUGUUCGAGAGAUCAUGCAGGAAGCUAUCAAAUGCAUGCGUCACUCAAAGAGAACGACUUUAACAGCUUCGGAUGUUGAUGGUGCUCUCAACUUAAGGAACGUUGAGCCGAUAUAUGGCUUUGCCUCAGGAGCACCAUUUCGUUUCAGAAAAGCUAUUGGCCAUCGGGAUUUGUUCUACACUGAUGACAGAGAAGUAGAUUUCAAAGAGGUGAUUGAAGCCCCACUACCAAAAGCUCCCCUUGAUACUGAAAUUGUUUGUCACUGGCUUGCUAUUGAAGGAGUGCAACCAGCUAUACCAGAAAAUGCUCCCUUAGAAGUCAUUAGAGCACCUGCAGAAAACAGAAUCCAUGAACAAAAAGACGGGCCUCUGAUUGACAUUAGGCUACCAGUGAAGCACGUACUAUCUAGGGAACUUCAGUUAUACUUCCAAAAGAUUGCUGAACUUGCAAUGAGCAAGUCAAAUCCUGCUCUGUUUAAAGAAGCAUUAGUAAGCUUGGCCUCAGACUCAGGACUUCACCCUCUAGUUCCAUAUUUUACAAAUUUCAUUGCUGAUGAGGUUUCACGUGGUUUAAAUGACUUCCAACUCUUGUUUAAUCUAAUGCACACUGUUAGAAGUCUUCUUCAGAAUCCUCACAUACAUAUAGAGCCUUAUCUCCACCAAUUGAUGCCAUCUGUUGUAACAUGCCUUGUAUCAAAAAAGCUUGGAAAUAGAUUUUCUGACAACCAUUGGGAGCUCAGAGAUUUUACGGCAAAUCUGGUUGCCCUGAUAUGUAAAAGGUAUGGAGCUGUUUAUAUUACUCUCCAGUCUCGUCUUACAAAAACUUUAGUCAAUGCACUUUUGGACUCAAAAAAGGCUUUGACUCAGCACUAUGGUGCAAUUCAAGGAUUAGCAGCUUUGGGGCACAAUGUUGUACGCCUUCUUCUUGUAUCAAACCUUGAACCAUAUCUACGUCUCCUUGAACCGGAACUAGAUGCUGAGAAGCAAAAGAAUCAGACAAAGAGCUACGAAGCGUGGCGUGUAUAUGGAGCUUUGCUGCGUGCUGCAGGCUUGUGUAUACAUGAUCGCCUUAAAAUCUUCCCACCUUUACCAUCUCCAUCACCAAGUUUCCUUGAUAAGGGAAAGGGAAAGAUAAUCAAUAUUGAGCCCCAGAAGCGGAAGCUGAGUGUAGACUCUUCAAAAAACCAAUCACCCAGGAAAAUAUUGAUAACUAUGGAUGGUCCAGAUGGUGUACAAUCACAAGAUCACACUGGCUCAGCUCCAAUGCAAGUAGAUAAUCCAGUGGAAAAUGAGAAUCCCCCACAAAACUCUGUUCAACCAUCCUCAUCAGAACAAACUUCUGAUGCUAACGAAUCUGAAAGCAGAAAUGGAAAAGUGAAAGAAAGCGGCAGGGAUCGGGCUAUUACUAUGAGAGCAAUCCUUGAUCAGAUAUGGAAAGAUGAUCUUGACUCCGGGCGGCUCUUGGUGAAACUACACGAACUCUAUGGUGAUAGGAUUCUUCCCUUUAUCCCUUCUACAGAGAUGUCCGUAUUCCUCUAACCAAUAAGAGGUACAUGUGCUGUUUGCCUCAUCGAUAUAAAUCUCAUGGUUCUGGGUGUGAAUGCGUUUAGCAUGUUGUGAAAUCAAAAGACCCGAAGGAUCCUCAACUCAUUCAGAUCCGUGUCAAUGUCCACAGGCCAACUCUUUAGUGCUUCUUUACAAGCUUGAGGGAUAUCGAAGUCCUAAGCCUGCAGGGUGGAUUGAGUUGAAUUGAAAAGUUGCAAAUCGAGUAAAUGUCGACGGCUUCAAUGUAUAUAUUUAGAGUUUUAAUGAUUACUUAGUCGAUGUAUUUGUUUCCUCAAAUAUAGUUUAACAGGUAUGAUUAUGAUCUAGAUUACAAAUUUUUAUAUUUCUGUUUGCGUGUAUGCUCUCUUUCUUAUUGCUCGGUAUACAAUAUCCGUUCGUAUAAUAUUUACUUAC